ACCAUGUGGCUGUCAGAUAGAAACCAAAGCGGGGCCAUGUUCACCCUCCUGGGCUUCUCAGAUUACCCAACACUGCAAGUACCGCUCUUCCUGAUUUUUAUGGGCAUCUACAGUAUCACCGUGGUAGGAAAUAUGGGAAUGAUUGUCAUCAUCAAAAUUAACCCCAAACUGCACACCCCCAUGUACUUUUUCCUCAGUCAUCUCUCUUUCGUGGAUUUCUGCUACUCCUCCAUCAUCGCUCCCAGGAUGCUGGUCAACCUAACUGCAAGCCACAGAAGCAUUUCGUUUUCAGGAUGCAUAGCACAAUACUUUUUCUUUUGCACCUUUGUGGUAACAGAAGCCUUUUUAUUAGCAGCGAUGGCCUACGACCGCUUCGUGGCCAUCCGUAACCCCCUCCUCUACACAGUCGCCAUGUCCCAGAAGCUCUGCGCCAUGCUGGUGGUGGGGUCGUAUUCAUGGGGAUUGUCUUGUUCCUUGACACUGACAUGUUCUGCUUUGCAGUUAUCUUUUCAUGGUUUCAAUAUAAUCGAUCACUUUUUCUGUGAGUUCUCCUCACUGCUCUCCCUCUCUUGCUCAGAUACUUAUAUUAGUCAAUUGCUCUUGUUUGUUUUUGCCACAUUCAACGCAGCUGGCACACUGGUCAUCAUUCUCUUGUCUUAUUUGCUCAUUGUGGUUACCGUCCUCAAGAUGCGUUCAGCCACGGGGAGACGCAAAGCCUUCUCCACCUGCGCCUCCCACCUGACGGCCAUCAGCAUCUUCCACGGCACCAUCCUGUUCCUCUACUGUGUGCCCAACUCCAAGAACUCCCGGCACACGGUCAGAGUGGGCUCUGUGUUUUACACCGUGGCGAUCCCCAUGCUGAACCCCCUGAUCUACAGCCUGAGAAAUAAGGAUGUGAAGGACACAGUCCGCAGAUUAAUGGAAAUGAAAUUCUUUCCUUAUUGA